UCGUCGGCGCGCCCUCGCUGUCCGCGCGCGUACCAUGCCGUUAUUGUGACCCGCGCCUGCCCGACCCGACCGCGACACCACCACGACACUGUGCCCCGACACCGACUAGUGACCGUUCUAACGUGAUCGCACCAUGAAUUGAAGCUUUGGAAUUGCAGGCAAGGACGUCCCACGGGCUCGCGGCGUGCGCGGCGAUGCGCUGACGCCAUGCGCGCGCCGCCAUGCGCCCCCGCGCCCCCCGCGCCGCGCCCGCCCGCCCCCUGCUGCUGCUGGCGCUGCUGCUGGCCGGCUGCGCCGGCAACCCCGACGCCAAGCGGCUGUACGACGACCUGCUCAGCAACUACAACAAGCUGGUGCGGCCCGUGCUCAACGUGAGCGACGCGCUCGCCGUGCGCAUCAAGCUCAAGCUCAGCCAGCUCAUCGACGUGAAUCUCAAAAAUCAAAUCAUGACAACCAACCUUUGGGUGGAGCAGAGCUGGUACGACUACAAGCUGUCGUGGGAGCCGCGCGAGUACGGCGGCGUGGAGAUGCUGCACGUGCCCUCCGACCACAUCUGGCGGCCUGACAUCGUGCUCUACAACAACGCCGACGGGAACUUCGAAGUGACGCUGGCGACGAAGGCGACGCUGAACUACACGGGCCGCGUGGAGUGGCGCCCGCCCGCCAUCUACAAGUCCUCCUGUGAGAUCGACGUCGAGUACUUCCCCUUCGACCAGCAGACCUGCGUCAUGAAGUUCGGCUCCUGGACUUACGAUGGCUUCCAGGUGGACCUGCGCCACAUCGACGAGGCGCGCGGCACCAACGUAGUCGAGCUCGGCGUCGACCUCUCCGAGUUCUACACCUCGGUGGAGUGGGACAUACUGGAGGUGCCGGCCGUCAGGAACGAGAAGUUCUACACGUGCUGCGACGAGCCCUACCUCGACAUCACGUUCAACAUCACGAUGCGGCGCAAGACGCUGUUCUACACCGUGAACCUGAUCAUCCCGUGCAUGGGCAUCUCCUUCCUGACCGUGCUGGUGUUCUACCUGCCCUCGGACAGCGGCGAGAAGGUGUCGCUGUCCAUCUCCAUCCUGCUCUCGCUGACCGUGUUCUUCUUGCUACUGGCCGAGAUUAUUCCUCCCACGUCGCUCGUGGUUCCGCCUGUGCUCUUCACCAUGAUACUGGAUACUUUCAGCAUAUGCGUGACGGUGGUGGUGCUGAACGUGCACUUCCGGUCGCCGCAGACGCACACGAUGGCGCCGUGGGUGCGCCGCGUGUUCAUCCACGUGCUGCCGCGGCUGCUGGUCAUGCGGCGCCCGCACUACCGUCCCGACCCGCACCGGAGCCGCUUUGCCGGGCUAGCGACGGCAGCGGAGACGGUGCAGUGGGAGCACGAGGCGGGGUGGUGCGGGGGCGACAGGGCCGGGGCGGGGGUGCCGCCCGCACCGCUGCCGCCCCCCGCGGCCGCGUGCCGCCUGCACGACGCGCCCGCGCUCUGCGACGCGCUGCGCCGCUGGCACCACUGCCCCGAGCUGCACAAGGCCAUCGACGGCAUCAACUACAUCGCCGACCAGACGCGCAAGGACGAGGAGGCCACGAGGGUGAAGGAGGACUGGAAGUACGUGGCCAUGGUGCUGGACCGGCUGUUCCUGUGGAUCUUCACGCUGGCGGUGCUGGUGGGGUCGGCGGGCAUCAUCCUGCAGGCGCCGACGCUGUACGACGAGCGCGCGCCGAUCGACGUGCGCCUCUCCGAGAUCGCGUACGCCACCGCCAAGCCGCGCCCGCCGCCGCCGCCGCGGUAGGCGUCCGCAGACCUAACAGACAGAGACGGUCUCUCCACUGUCCCUCUCAUCUCUUUGUACAUAAUAAAAUAAUUAUAUUAGUUUAUAUGACGAAAUAACGUGAUCGAAAAUGAGUCGAAUUUCUUUUGAUAGACGAAAUAAAUCGAUUGUUUAUAAAA